GUUGUUUCUGCAAGCAUGGGCGAGGCUGUACACUUGACUCCCCAAGAGCGUAUAAAGCUAAUCCAGACUCUACGAGAUGCAAUCGACUCUAUUGGCUUACAAGAGACGCCAAUUGUUGCCGGUGUAGGAGGCAAUAGCACCCGUGAAACAAUCCAGUUGGCUCGCGAUGCUGCUGCAGCCGGCGCAAAUUUUGCUCUUGUCAUCGCUCCGGGAUACUGGGCUGGCUAUCUUAAGGGAAAUCCGGCGGCGGCAAAAAAGUUCUUCGUUGAUGUGGCUGCGGCCUCGCCAAUCCCAGUAGUCAUAUACAAUUUCCCUCCCGUGGCAGGGGGGAUAGACUUGGACAGCGAUGAUGUGGCGGAGGUAGCAAGACUCGCGCCCAAUUUAUGCGGCAUCAUGUUAUCAUGUGGCAACGUAGGAAAACUUGCAAGGGUCACUGCCCUGCUUGACAAUACCUCUUUCACAACGCUGGCUGGUCUCAUUGACUUUCUCCUCCCUUCUGUGGUUGUGGGAUCCGCUGGCGCUAUUAGUCCUCUACCCAAUAUUGCGCCGAAAUUUUCCAUGAAACUGUGGAAAUUGACGCAAAGUUUAGAAACAAAGGCAGAUUUUACGAACGCGCAGUUUGCUCAGGGAGUAGCUUCUUUGGGAGAGGCUGCGCUGUUAAAGAGCGGCGUAAGUUUUAUUGCAAGACUGCGCCUAUCAUCCACCACAAGUUAA